AGCAGAAAAGACGUUAUUUAUAGAAAUGUCACAAGAGAUGCCUAGCUCACAGCUCACUCCCAUGGUCCAGGACAUACCAGCAACAAUGACACCAACAAUGACUUCAUCAAAUGCCACAUCACAGACCAGUGUGACAACGUCGACUUUGUCAAAUCAGUCCCAGCCCCAGCAAACGCUCUCUCAAGCUGCCAAAACUCAAUCCCUGCCCAGUAGUCAGAAUACAGUGAUGGACUGUCCCCAGUUUUUGACUAAAACCAGGCUGCAAGAUUUGGUCAAAGAAGUUGAUCCAACGGAGCAGCUUGACGAAGAGGUCGAAGAGAUGCUGUUGCAGUUGGCUGAUGAUUUUGUGGAAACAACAAUCAAUGCCGCGUGUUUGUUAGCCAAGCACCGUCAUGCAAACACAGUUGAAGUCAAAGACGUUCAGUUACACUUAGAAAAAAAUUGGAACAUGUGGAUACCUGGUUUUGGUACGGACGAGAUACGCCCCUACAAGAGAGCGACCGUCACAGAAGCACACAAACAGAGAUUAGCACUUAUACGAAAGUCAAUAAAGAAAUAUUGAGGGGGUGUUGUCGUAUAGCGCGCGAGGUCAUUUAAUAGGAAUGCACCAAAACAACUUUAUUGUUUAGUAAAUAUUAGUUUAAUUUUGUACCUAUUUUCGUAACCAUAAAGAUCGUUAGCUGUAACAUUAACAAAAACAAAUUAAAUGAGAUAUGAAACCAAAUGUAUUAAAGAAUGAUUUUGUCGAAUACGUAUAUUUUAACGUCGAAGUUUGUACAUCGGCAUAUUAAAAGGAAGCACACACAA